CAAGUUUAGUGGUUUGCCGUGUAUAUGUAUAUGUAUAUAUAUGCUCAUUCUUCCCAGGUAGGUCACAUCAAUUGGAUCUCAACUGAGCUCACAACUUGUUUUGCCAACAAUGAAGCGAGAGGGUCGGCAACACGGGCUGGUUCGGACCUACCCGAUUAUCCCUUCCCCGUGGAACCCAAAUCCACACCACACAAACGCCUUCAACUCACCACCACCUACCGCCGGCCUCUUCACCAAGGUCUCCGCUAAGCCCACUAACCACUCCAAGUUCACCGGAAAGUGCAGCCGUGUGAGAUGUUCCGACUGCCAUGCACACCCCGCCGCCAAAGCCAAGGACAAGGCUAAGGGCACCCUCAAACGGAGGACCACGGUGGAUACUAGAUUGAUUACAUGGCGGGUUGUGAAUGCUAAACCAGGUCUCCUCAACUUUUCCGGCUUCUCAGCUACCGGGAUUUUGGACCACUUGGCCGGCGAUGAUCAUGAAUAUGAUGAUGAUUACAUCUGUAAAGAAAAAGAAACCGUUGGUCAUGAUGACGGCGAGGGGAUGAGCUUUUGUGACGCAGGAUUUGUGAGGGAGCAAGUAGAAGAUGGUGAAGGAGAUGAAGAAGAUGGGUGGUGCUUAGUGGUGGCAGAAAUGUGAUUUAUGUUUGCUUCAAACAAGAUUUUAUUGAACUUGAAACUAAAGCUAGGUGGAUUUGAUUCUUGUAUUCUUCUUCGAUCAUUUGUAUGCAUGUAUUACUAGAACGUAUUUCAGAAUUCAUCCAAGAAUAAAAGUUCUUUCAGUUUGUA